AUGACUGCGAUCGCCAAGCCAGGCCAGACAGUUUUCGGACUAAUCUUCGGAGCACUGGUCUGGUUCAUCGUACCCUUUAGCUUUGGUACCUCCUGCGGUCUGGCCUACCUUAGUUUGGGUGUGUUGAACGGCACUGACCUGCUGACUCCAGUGCAGGUAGACGCAGGUAGAGAUUUGUUUAAUUUCUUUUUUGAGCCGGCAAAACGCUUUACAGUCAUGACGACAGUUUUCUAUACUGCAAAUGAGUAG